CCGUGACCCCUUGUGUGUUUCUACUUCAAUUAUUUGAACACACACACCUUCAAACUUCAAACCAUCAACUAACUUAACAAUGGUGGCCACAUCAGUUACCCUUGAUCUCAACCUUAAUCCCUUCUGCACAACUCUUGAUCAUCAUGACACCCCAGUCAGGGAAGUCGCUUAUAUAGAUGACGACGAUGAUCAUUCGUUUGAAAAAGAGGUUGAUGAUCAUACGGUUUAUGAUUUAAGUCGGGAAAGUAACGAAAAUAGGAAGCUAAAGGAGAUGCUUAUUGAUAUAUGGGACAAGUAUAACUCUCUAACAACUCAUGUCAAGAAACUAAUUCAAGACAAAGAAGAAUUAGAGUCGAGUCCAAAGAAGAGAAAAUUUGAUGAGACAGUUCAACAAAGCUUGUGGAAGAGGCCGAGAGAGGAACUACCGAUAUCAGGAAUUAAAAGAGUUUAUGUAAAAGUAGACCCGUCCUAUAAAAGCUUGGUAGUGAAAGAUGGAUAUCAAUGGAGAAAAUAUGGACAAAAGGUGACAAGAAAUAACCCAUCACCUAGAGCUUACUAUAAGUGCUCUUAUGCACCACUCUGCCCAGUGAAGAAGAAGGUGCAAAGAAGUAUGGAUGAUGAUGGUCUUCUAGUUGCAACCUAUGAAGGAGAACACAACCAUAGAAGCACUAUGCAAGAGGUGACAUACGCUUUAGCAAAUGAGAGAGAGAUUUCAACUAGAGAAAGUGGGUUCCACUCGCCAAAACUUGAUGAAGUUUUAGUGGAACAGAUGGCUACUUAUCUAUGUAAAGACCCAAAUUUCACCUCACAACUUGCUGCUGCGAUUACCUCCAAGGUUUCAGAAAUGGACUUUUUUAAAGUAUGUUAAUGGACUAGUUAGUAUUGAUUAUUAGUCUUCCAUUUAGAGCCAGUUUUAUGAAUGAGGUUUUGUUUGUAUGAUAUGAAUAUAUGGUGUAAAAGAAGAUUUUUGCA